AAAAUUCAGAAUGGCGAGAGCAGGGCAGCGGACACUGUAAUUUCGAUGGGGGUUUUGCUCUCCUCGCUCUCCCAUCCCAACGAAGACGAAGCAUUGGUCAUUUCCGUUAUUUAGGACUUUGACACUCCAUUUUUUUCUCGAGCUAACGUCAAUGCAAUUUCCCAAUUUCGAUCCCAUAACCAACUGUGAUUCUCUGAUAGUUGCAGCCUCUGCGCAGCCAAGAAGUUCGAGAAGAAGAAGGAAGAUUUAGAUAGGAAGGAAAAGCCCGAGAACAUGUGCUCUUCUUUGGCAUCUUUUUCACUCUGCUUGCCCUCUAAAAUCCCCUUCUUACUGAACCGCGGUUUCAUAUCCAGUUCUUGGGGCAAUCCCUUGCACAUUAGAGCCAGGAACCCUAGCCGCUAUUCGAUAUCGGCUUCAACUGCUGAGAGCGAUUUAGCUCUUGAUUUAGCUUGGAUUUCUUGGGAUAAAGUUGCCUCUGACGACUUCAACGGGUGGGAUAUAGAGGAAGAAGAUAAUCCCAAACUGGUCAAAAAGAAGGGUUUGAAUGUAUUUGCUGUGAUUGGUUUUGGAGCUUCUGCUGUUGGAAUUAUCGGUUUGCUUGCCUAUUUUGCAUUAUCGAGCAAAGGGAUUCGACUCAGAAGUCCGUGGAAUGGUUUCCAUGGGUUCUCAGAGCCUUCUUAUUCAAGUGAUAAAGAUGACAGCAGAAGUGAAACCAGACCAGAUGUGCCAUUAAAGGCCACCGACGUCCCGACUGAAAACUUGGAUGAUGCACCGGAGGCAUCUGUGAUGACAGAGAAAAUUUUUGAAGCUGAAAAAGAACAAAAGUUUGAGCAUAUUCUAGUUUCGUUUGUUGUUGAUUCGGCUCAGCAGGAAGCUUUCUUGGCAUUACAGAAACUCAAGAUUAUUGAAGAUGACGCCAGCGCUAGUGAAUUGUGUACAAGACGGGAAUAUGCACGGUGGUUAGUGCGGGCAAAUUCACAUCUGGAGAGAAGUAGAAAGCAUCGCAUAAAUUCCCCUGCUGCACUUUCUGGAUCUAUAAUUGCUGCCUUUGAUGAUGUGCCAGCUGAUGAUCCCGAUUUUGAAGCUAUUCAAUCUCUGGCUGAGGCUGGGAUUGUUAGAAGCAAACUGUCGAAUGGAAAUUCUGGUUCAAGUCUAGAUAAAGUAGAAGAACCUGCACAUUUUUCUCCUGAGAGGUUUAUAUCUCGUCAGGAUCUGGUUUGUUGGAAAGCGAAAAUAGAGUAUGAAGUGCCGGAAGUGGAUGGAAAGAUGUCAAGGCGAAACAUUGGUUUUCUGGAUGUGAAGGAGAUUCCCGUAGACAUAUUACCCGAUCUUUAUAUGGACAUCAGGGCCGAUGAAAAGAGUGUCAUCAGAGCAGUUUUCGGACAGAGCAAGCGAUUGCAGCCGAGCAAACCGUGCACGAAGGCUCAGGCUGCUGUUGCACUGACCAGCGGACGAAUGUCAGAGUUCAUACAGGCGGAGAUAUCGAGACUGGAAGCCGAAAUCAUCGCAAGGCAGAGUGAACUAAAGGAGCUGAGGUCUGAGCUCCUCGAGAGAGGCGACAUACGCGAGUAUUGGGAGGGGAAGAUUGAGGAGGAACGAAACCGGGGCGUGAAAGUGGAAGCGGAUUAUAUUUCAGCAGUAAGCGCGCUGGAAGAGGCGAAGAUGUUCCAAGAGAACGCUGCUGUGGAAUUUGCGAGGGAGAAGGCGGCGUUGAAUUGUCAGGAGAAGCUGCUUUUGAAUCUGAAAGGUGAAGUCGAAUCUUUGUCGGAGAAACUUUCUUCUGAGAGCGCGGAGCACAUUGACGAACAGCGCGAGGUGAGCAGCACGCGGCAUGAUUUGCAGGCUAAUUAUGCGAAACUGAUCGAUACUAAGUCGAUACUGGAAGCUGAAAUCGAAGCAAUGCGAAUGCUACGAACUUGGAUGGAGAAGGAGGCAAAAAAUAGCCAAGCUCGGGCGAAAGUCCUCGAGGAGGCCGGGCGGAGGUGGAAAUGGGAUGGCUGAUGUGAUUCGAUAUCUUGGGAUCAGAGGUAUGAUUUUAGAGGUAUUCCUUGUCUGUCUGUGUCGAUUUGAAUUUUCUAGUUUGAGAAAAUUAAGGAAUGUUGGUCUGAUGAAUUGGGGAAAAUUUUUCACACAUAGGCGUCUUCAAAUUGCUAUUCUUCUGUGUGGUUUUUAUGGGCCGACAAUUCAUGGCAUGCAGUUAGUUUCA